CUCUUAGUCAUACCUCCGAGUGUCCCCACUUAUCCGGCCUGUGCACCUCCGGAGUUCAACUACACUGGAAGGAACCCAGCUCCGAAUUGACUAAUAUGCUCCGCUUUUAUCGCGGAGCUCCGUUCUUAUUAGUCCAGAAGCAUAUGUACCAAGUUUCUUUAGGAAGGGAAUAAGAUAAACUCAGGCAAGAGCAUUAGGUAGUUGUACAAUGACAAAGUUGCAGCUUCAGGUUGAAAUCAUUCUCAAGAUUCCAAGUUCCCUUACUAUAUAAACAUUCCUACUUCCACUCUUUCUCCUAGGAAGUAUUUUUUUCCCUUUCCUCACAACAUCAUCCUCAGCACAUCUUGUCAUCAGUCUAUUAAUAACUAGACACUGUGCCAAGAUGGAUGCUCCUACCGGAAUCUGGUGCUCGAAGUGCCAGCAUCCUAUCCCGACGGAGGUUAUCAAGACUGCCACGCCUGGCAUUCUCUGCUUCGGCUGCACCUUGCAGAGCGAGGAUGAACGCAGCUCCGUCAAGGGAUCUCAAUGGAGUUACCUUCUGAACCACUGGCAUGCCGAGGGUGCACGUGUUCUUCACUGGCUUCGCAACGACUUCCAUUCCAGCGAGCUCUUGACUUGUCUCUGUGCCUUGGCCAAGUACUACAACUUCAACGACGUAGUCCCCAUGGUGAACAGCAUGGCCUUGGAGCGCCUUCGCCACAAGUCGGCUCCGGGCAUCUAUGUCCGCCACGUCAUCGAGUCCGACUUCCAUGACGCCCUUGCCCUAGCCAAGAAGUGGAAGUUCAGACCUAUGGGUGCCGAGUCCAUCACGUGUGUGGAGUUGAUGUGCUUCCACAUGUCCAUCGACCAGUACGGCUUCAUCCAGGACAACUACGAGGUCCCCCGCUACGGAUACAACGUAGGCGCUUGCAAGGAUGGCCGGGACUGCAAGAACGUGCUGCCCCUCGAGGACCGCAUCGUGGUCACCGAAGCCUACCGACUUCGCAAGGGUUGCAACAUGGUCUACGCAUAGUAGGAAGGGCCGAAAUAGUCUAGG